GACGUUCAGGUUCAGGGACCGGCAAAUGCUAUUAUAUAUGGCAAACGUCCGCUCUGCAACUCCCCGGAGAAAUCUCUCGCCCUCUCUCUUCACCGGUUCCUUCCCUCCUCUCUCUCUCUCUCUCUCUCCCCGUUCUAACAACUCUCUCUCUGUCUCUCUCUCUCUCUCUCUCUCUCUCUCUCUCUCUCUCUCUCUCUCUCUCUCUCUCCCUCUCUCUCUCUGUUCAUACAGAAGAUUCCUGUUCUUGUUAGCUUUGUGAUGUGUUAAGACAAGAAACAAGACAAGACAAGCCGAGACAAGACAAGAAAUUCGGUUCUGAAGGAACUUUGCUGGGUUCUUGUCGAUUUUCUCUGAAGUUCGAUUCCGGGGCCGAGCUCUGGUUUCAAUCGCCUCCCAGAGGUCGCUUCUUGCGCAUGGUCGCUUCUGCAUUGGCCCUCUAAGAAACCAACCCCUCAUUGAUUUGGUCCGACGAGGAGGAAGAUGUCAGCAAUGGUGGCUCGGACCGGGCGGCACAGACAGCGUUACGAGGACAACUUGCGACUGGUCUCGGGAUGCAUCCCUUACCGACUCACAAAGGACAAUGACUAUCAGAGAGGCAGCAUAGAGAACAGAGUAGAAGUACUUAUGGUCUCGUCCCCGAAUCGAGAUGAUCUCGUCUUCCCCAAGGGUGGAUGGGAGGACGAUGAGACCGUUGAAGAAGCAGCGUGUCGUGAAGCUCAAGAGGAGGCUGGAGUAAGAGGAGUACUCAAUGAAACUCCACUUGGUGUUUGGGAAUUUAGGAGUAAGAGCAGACAGGACGUUUGCAGCCUAGAAGGAGGCUGCCGAGGAUAUAUGUUCGCACUCGAGGUCACCGAGGAGCUUGAGGCCUGGCCAGAGCGAGAAAACCGUUGUCGGAGAUGGGUAAACGUGAAGGAAGCUUUCGAGCUCUGCCGCUACCAAUGGAUGUGUCAGGCGCUGGAGAGGUUCCUCAGGGUACUGGCAGAAGAGGCAAAGCUCAAGAUGAUAGGAGAAUCCCCCGAGCCCCCACCACCCGCGGACAUGGUGGCUGAAUCCCCUAUCGUGCCACCCAGCUGCUGCAUAGAUGCCCCGACAGCACAGCGUCACUCUGCCAUGAUGCCUUUCUCAUGGAUCGUCACUGUAAAGAGGUUGCCCCUGACCUGACCUGUGCUUGCUGACUAUAUACAGCGCUCGCGUCAUUAUGACCAGUGAAAUUGUCCAUUAUUCGUAUCAUUACGUGUAAGAUUUAGAUUCACGGAGUGCAGUGUAAAUCUCUUCCCAAAUGUGAAAAGUAACAAAUUGUGAAGGGAAGCGGUUGCACUCUCUGUUAUGUGAUUGAGGUUGUUAUUAGUGCAAAAAGAAAUCCCAAAUCGUUGCCUCUUCCCUUUUUCC